AUGGAGAAAUGGAAUCACACUUCAAGUGAUUUCAUUUUGUUGGGGUUGUUUCCCCCAAAUAAAACUGGCCUUCAUCUGUUGUUCCUUAUCAUCCUUGUAUUCUUCCUGGCCUUGGUGGGUAACUCAGUCAUGAUUCACCUCAUACGCAUGGAUCCCUGUCUCCACACACCGAUGUACUUUCUGCUCAGCCAGCUCUCCCUCAUGGACCUGAUGUACAUCUCCAGCACCGUCCCCAAGAUGGCUUUCAACUUCCUCUCUGGCCAGAAAGGGAUCUCCUUCCUGGGAUGUGGUGUGCAAAGCUUCUUCUUUCUGACCAUGGCAUGUUCUGAAGGCUUACUGCUGGCCUCCAUGGCCUAUGACCGGUACAUAGCCAUUUGUCACCCCCUCCAUUAUCCCAUCCGCAUGAGUAACAGGAUGUGUAUGAAGAUGAUCAUAGGAUCUUGGACACUGGGGUCCAUCAACUCCUUGGCACACACAGUCUAUGCCCUCCAUAUUCCUUACUGCAGGUCUAGGGCCAUUGAUCAUUUCUUCUGUGAUGUCCCAGCUAUGUUGCCUCUUGCCUGUAUGGACACUUGGGUCUAUGAGUACAUGGUUUUUGUGAGUACAACCCUCUUUCUCCUUCUUCCUUUCCUGGGUAUCACUGCUUCCUAUGUCCGUGUUCUAUUUGCUGUCUACCAUAUGCGCUCAAAGGAGGGGAGAACAAAGGCCUUUGCAACCUGUUCAACACAUUUGACUGUAGUGACCUUUUACUAUGCACCUUUUGUCUACACCUAUCUUCGGCCCAGCAAUCUCCGCUCACCAGCAGAAGAUAAGAUCCUGGCAGUCUUCUACACCAUGCUCACUCCCAUGCUCAAUCCCAUCAUCUACAGCCUGAGGAAUAAGGAAGUCCUGGGAGCCAUGACAAGAGUGUUUGGGAUAUUCUCCUCUCUGAAAGAAUGA